UUCUGACUUUAUUUAUGUUAUGCAGACACUAAAUAUGGGAUCCCUCUUUUAUGCAACUUUGAAUUCACUAUCAUACUUUUAUAUGGUUUUCUCAUGGGGAGGGUACGCUUUUAUCAUUAACCUUAUUCCAAUGCAUGUACUCCUGUGCAUAGUUACUGGUCGCUAUUCUUCACAGCUGUACAUUGCAUAUGCACCUCUUGUUGUAUUGGGCACACUGCUGGCUGCCCUAGUGCCUGUUGUUGGGUUUAAUGCUGUAAUGACAUCAAAGCAUUUUGCAUCCUUUCUGGUUUUUAUUAUCAUCCAUGUGGUGGCUCUUAUGUACCAUAUUAAAGGGAUUCUUUCCCCGAAAAUUUUCAAAGUAGCUUUGGCACUAGUUGUUUCCAUUGGCCUAGCAGUGUGUUGUGCAAUGGUAGCAGUAAUAAUAGCUCUUGUAGCUUCUAGCCCAACAAAGGGUUGGAGUGAAAAAAGUUUAAGUCUACUUGAUCCGCAAUAGUUCAGCGUGAAAAUAAGCACUCUAGAAGCAAAUAAUCAAGACAAAAGAAGGAUUGGAGUAAGGACAGAGAUUAUCAUGACAAAGUGCACCCAAAGCUAUGAUGGAGAUUUUAUGUAUUAAGAGCUACAUGUUAAGACAUUUAUAAUUAAAAAAUUAUGUUAUGUUAGAUACUUUAUUUGUAUAGGGGUUAUUAUUUUUUAUUUUUAAUACUAAAAAAUAAUAUAUUAUGUUUAAGACAUUGUUUAUGAGUUAUAUAAUAUUUUGUUUAUGAGUA